AAUCACUAUACAGGUAAUGUUCGGUAGAGAAUUGAAAGAAAUACGGUGGCCAACAUUGGUGUGAACUCAUUAUAGGCAGUGCAACGGUUGCCGGAACGCGAUGGAUGACCAACCGAAAGCGGAAGGUGAAGCGGAUAAGAAGAUUGUUCACGUCUACCCCCUGGUGAAGUUUUCCGAUAUGAAUGACGAUGUCCGGGCCGAGGCGAUAGAACUGAGCAUUACAGCGUGUGAGAAAUACGCACAAAACUACGAGCACGCAGCCAAGGCAAUCAAGGAAUUGAUGGACAAAAAAUUUGGCACUUUUUGGCACGUGGUCGUCGGUGAAGGAUUCGGUUACGAAGUGUCCUACGAAACCAAGAACAUCCUGUACCUGUUCUUCGGCGGUAAUUUGGCCAUCGUGCUGUGGAAAUGUUCGUAGUAGGU